GUGCAGAGCUUCCCAUUUCAGAGAUAAGAAAAGCAAACUAGGAUGACACAGGCAGGCAGGCAGGCGAAGUGAAGCCAUCCUGUUACUGGAAGUGGAGAGCGAGCGUGUGCGAUUACAAGCUAGAAAGAAGAGCACCACUAUCAAACCUGUCUGCUCUGGAUGACACCAGCCCAGUUCUCUCUCUCUCUCUCUCUCUCUCUCUCUCUCUCUCUCUCGAUUAUAAAACUGCUGCACAGCCUAAAACCAGCCACCAACAAACCAACCAACCAACCAAACAAACCGAACAACCAACCCCCAUACACUGAGCAGCCUGCUUAUCCUCAAGCAAGAGAAGCCAGACCAAGUGUUUCAGCGCAAGACCCAAGAAUAUGGAUAUGGUGGGGCUGAGGUUUUGCGCAGCCCUGUGGUUCUUCGUCCACUCUGGGAUAUGUAAUCCCAUCAUGGCACCAGUGGACCUGCAUCCCGGGGUGGACCCAGACGGAUACCCUUUGUUGAGCGACCCCCUCCUGGAGCAGGACAGCGGCCUGGAUUUCCAAAGCUUCAUGCAGACCAUCCGGCGAGAGUUCCUGAAGACGUUCAACCUGUCUGGGCUGCCCCAGCACGAGGCUGCGGCCAAGGUGGACCCCCCUGAGUACAUGCUGGAGCUCUACAACAAGUUCGCCAACGACCGGACUUCCAUGCCUUCAGCCAACAUUGUGAGGAGCUUCCAAAACGAAGACACGUCCUCCUACCGAAUGGACAGCAGUGGGAUCCGGAAACACUCUCUGCUCUUCAACAUGUCCAUCCCUCACCACGAGAAGAUCACCAUGGCCGAGCUGCGUCUCUACACCCUGGUGGAGCGAGACCGCAGGAUGUACGAGGGCGUCGACAGGAAGGUGACAAUUUACGAGGCGGACAAGGAGGCGGACGAGAGUCGUGGGGGUAACGACGGCCGUGGCCGAUUGGCCGAGCUGGCUUCCCGUCAGGUCUACGAGACAGACAGCGGGUGGGAGGCCUUUGAUCUCACGGCCGCCAUCCACCGCUGGCGCAGGGCCGACUACACCACCCACCGGCUGGAGGUGCACAUCGAAAGCCUGGGAGAGGACGGCAAGGGGUACGGGGAAGGGAACCUGGACAUCGAUGUCAACCCCGAGGCCAAGCACGUGCCCCUGCUCAUCGUCUUCUCGGACGACCAGAGCAACGACAAGAAGGAGGAGAAGAAAGAGCUGAAUGAGAUGAUCGAGCAAGAGCAGCUCUUGGAGUUUCAGAUGGAUGCGAUGGACGGGCUGGAGGACUCUCCCAACGAGGAGUCCUUGCUCCAGAUGAGGUCCAACCUCAUCUACGACACCACCUCCAGGAUAAGAAGGAACGCCAAGGGCAACACCUGCAAGAAGACCCCCUUCUUCGUAGAGUUCAACGAGAUCGGGUGGCACUCCUGGAUAAUCGCCCCUACUGGGUACGAGGCCUUUAAGUGCAGCGGAGUGUGCAACUACCCUCUGAUUGAGCACGUCACCCCGACAAAGCAUGCCAUCAUUCAGACUUUAGUUCACAUGAAAAACCCACAGAAGGCUUCGAGGGCUUGCUGUGUCCCAACCAAACUGGACCCCAUAUCCAUCCUCUACCUGGAUGACGCAGGAGUUGUCACAUUCAAAUAUAAAUAUGAAGGGAUGGUCGUGGCGGAAUGUGGCUGCAGAUAGUGACGGAUGCUGUUGGGGGCUAACAAACUUGCAUACAGUUUUAAUGCAGGAGUAUGUAAUUUCUAGGUCUGUAAAUGUGUACAUUUUGUAUAUCGUAUUUAAAAAGAGAUUAUUUAAUGAUUGUGUGUACAGUAUUCAUUUUUUGUGAAUAGGAUGAAUGGGUUUUUUUUUUGUUUUAAAUUAAGAAUAUAAUAAAGCUCAUUUAAUCAAUAUUGCAACCGACACAAAGCUACUGAACUAGACCCUUCAUUGAACUGAUAACGUGCCAAAUUAGACCUUUGUUUACUUGGUUUCAGCUCUUAAACAGUUGCAGUUCAAGUUACUGAUCAAAUAUUACAGUUGACUUGAAAUAUGCAAACU